AUGGAUGAAGAUCAGGGCCCAAGCCAAAUCGUCCCUGGGACAGCUCCCAAGCGGACAAUGGGAGAUCGCCUUCGCAGCACCAAGAACAGAUUCUUCACCAAGGACGGCCUGAUCGGCGACUACGACUAUGCUUUCCUCUUCACCCCGAACUUGCCGUUUAUGAGGAAGAGUCGCAAAGCCGCUCCCUUCUUUGGCUUGAACGACCGGAUGCCUACGCUCUUGGCCCUGUUGCUAGGAUUCCAGCACGCCCUUGCCAUGUUGGCUGGCAUCAUCACGCCGCCUAUCCUGCUGAGCGGCGCUGCAGGUGCUAAUCUCACUGGGGAGAUGCAACAAUAUCUUGUCUCCACAGCUUUGAUUGUCUCCGGCUUGUUGUCCAUGAUCCAAAUCACCAGAUUCCAUAUUCUGAAGACUCCUGCCCUUUGCGCUCUGAUUGAAAUUGCCAUCUCCUUCAUGCCCCCAAAGGUGAUGCUUCGCAUCUUCCCGCCCAUCGUGACUGGCCCGACAGUCAUGCUCAUCGGCAUCCACUUGAUCGAGACUGGUUUCCAGAACUGGAUGGGCGGCUCCGGCCCUUGUGCCAACCCGACUUCCGACUUCUUCGCCCGGUGCCCCAACAUUUCCGCGCCUCAUGCCCUCCCUUGGGGCUCCGCCGAGUACUUGGGCUUGGGCUUCUCCGUCUUCGUGACCAUCAUUCUCUGCGAGCGAUUUGGCGCGCCCAUCAUGAAGUCGACAUCCGUUGUUAUUGGUCUCCUUGUUGGAUGCAUCAUCGCCGCUGCGACUGGUUACUUUGACCGCUCCGGAAUCGACAGUGCCCCUGCCGCCUCUUUCAUCUGGGUGCACACCUUUAAACUCACCCUUUACGGGCCGCUCAUCUUGCCUUUGUUAGCCGUCUAUAUCAUCUGCGCCACCGAGGCCAUUGGUGACAUUACUGCUACUUGUGAUGUCUCUCGCCUUGAGGUUGAGGGCCGUCUUUUCGAGUCCCGUAUCCAGGGAGGCGUCCUCGCUGAUGGUAUCAACGGCGUUCUUGCGGCCCUAAUGACCAUCACACCUAUGACAACUUUUGCUCAAAACAACGGAGUCAUCGCUCUCACCCGCUGUGCUAACCGCAGCGCCGGCUACUGCUGUUGCUUCUUCCUCAUCAUUAUGGGCAUCUUUGCCAAAUUCGCCGCAUCGCUUGUCGCCAUCCCCUCCUCCGUGCUUGGAGGUAUGACCUCGUUCCUCUUCACGGCUGUCGCCGUCUCCGGUAUGGCCAUCAUCACAAAGGGUGUGCCUUUCAACCGACGAAACCGCUUCAUCCUGACCGCUGGUCUCACACUCGGCUAUGGCGCCACUCUCGUUCCUACGUAUUUUGACAACGUCUUUACGUAUGCUGGUGACAACCGCGGCCUAAGGGGGUUCCUCGACGCCAUCGUACUCAUCAUGGAGACGGGCUUCGCUAUCACAGCCUUCGUCUGCAUGUUCCUCAACUUUGUGCUCGACGAGGAGAUUGAGGACACAGAGGGCCAUGAUGUCAUCCCCACCACUGGUAUCGUUACUCCAAAGGACGUUAAUGGUGGGGAGAGUGCGCGGGGAGCUGAUUCAGAGGAUAUUCAGCCCGUUGGGCAUAACACCACUGGCAAGCGUGAUGAAAAGCUUAUUCAUUGGCGACAUGGCCUUGUUUUCUUUGGGCUGCAGGAUGCGGAGCUGGCCGGAGCGAAUCCCGCAAAUGAGUGCGAGGGCGACGGUAUUUUUGGUCUGCGUGAGGACUCGGACAGCUUCAACGACAGGAUGAAGGGCAUAAAUAUGCAGGAAGCGAGGCGGCGAUUUACGUCGAUGGAGGCAUGGGAGCUUCCCAAGCACCCCAGCGCCAUUGCGCCAGAAGGCGUACGAACCAACCCGGACAUGGACCCCGUGCCGGUGCCAAUGCGGACUUGGUCGUUGUGGACUAUCCUGGCGUACUGGAGUACCGACCUUAUGAACCUCUCAACUCUACAGACCGCCGGAUCUAUACUUGCUGUCGGACUCAGCUGGCGAGAGGCGAUUCCCAUCAUGUUCGUCGGAACAACGUGUAUCGCAAUAGCAAUGGUCCUCAAUGGAGCCAUAGGAAGUCGUCUACAUGUCCCCUUCAGUGUCAUUGCUACGGGUAGCUUUGGGUUCUACUUGAGAUACUUUGCCAUUGUCAGCAGAGCCAUCCUUGCUAUGUUCUGGCUGGGUGUACAGUGCGUCAACGGGAGUGUAUGUGUGACGAUCAUGCUGAGUGCGUGGGCUCCCUCUUACGGACGGAUUCCGAAUGCCCUACCCGAAUCGGCGGGCAUCACCUCCAUGGGAAUGUGCUCAUUCUUCCUCUUCUGGAUCAUUCAACUGCCGUUGUUACUCAUUCACCCCACUAAACUUCGACCGCUCUUCUACGUCAAGUUACUUGCUACUCCAGCUGUGGUUUUAGGGACCUUGGGAUGGGCUGUCAAACAGGCCGGUGGCGGGGGUGAUAUCUUCAGGUUGCAACCUGAGUUCUCUCCAGGGACUUCCAAGUAUGCCUGGCUUUGGCUGAGCUGCAUGUCGUCGGUUUCGGGACAGUGGAGCACGAUGGCAAUCAAUAUUCCGGACUUCUUGCGCUAUAGCAAGUCCAGGAACGCUCAAAACGUCCAGCUCAUAUUUGUCCCUAUCGUUUUCACCUUGUGUGGAACCAUGGGUAUUAUUACCACUUCGGCCACGAAAGUCUUCCAGGGAGACGGUGAUUACCUUUGGAACCCGCUAGAUAUAGUCAGUCUUUGGUUGGGAAAUGGCUCAGGAGGACGCUGUGCUGCCUUCUUCGGGGCUCUGGCAUGGCUUAUUGCAACGAUCGGCACCAACGUCACGGCAAACAGCAUCAGCGCAGCCAACGAUCUGACUGUCAUGUUCCCGCGCUACAUCAACAUUAGAAGGGGCAGUAUAGUCGCUGCUGUGAUAGGUGCCUGGGUUAUUGUCCCGUGGAAGAUUCUUGCCAGCGCCGCUACGUUCUUGAACUUCAUGGGGGCAUACGCUGUCUUCCUCGCUCCCCUGAGUGGUAUCAUGGCUGCUGACUUCUGGCUCGUUAAAAAACAACGAUACGAUCUGCCCGACUUAUACGACCCUCAUGGUCGCUAUAGAUACAUCGCAGGCUGUAACUGGAGGGCAUUUGUUGCUUUCAUUGUGCCUGUUGCCCCCAACUUGCCCGGGAUGGCUUUGGCAAUCAGUGGCUACCCUGCGGUCCAGAUCUCCGAGGGUGCUCAGAAUCUCUACAGCUUUGAUUGGCUUUUUGGAUUCGUCGUCUCGAUAUUCCUGUAUACCACACUGAGCUGGGUUGUACCUGCAAAGGAGACCUUGGUUGAGCAGACAAUCUUGACCAGGGGAGACGGAAUCGAGAUUGAGGGAACGCGAGACGGUAGUGACAUCGAGAACCCAAAGGUGCCCGAGAAGGUGUUGACCACAGCGGGAGAUGGUCGUCACACUCCUGAAUCGAGAGGCCUUAACGGAGGAACUGGGUGA